CGCAGGAUCAGUCUCGGGGAGAGAGACCUCGAUCCGCCGCUUUCGCCUCGCUCUAUCUAGUACCUCCGCCGCCGCACUCGUGCACGCAGGAAAACGCGCCGUUCUUUACGCGCCUGAGUAAAAAGAAGAAGAAGAAGAAGAAGAAGAAAAAUAAAGAAAAAGGAAACGCGUCGUUCGGUUAGCGUCCGGUUCAAGUCCCGCGGAAUCGCGCGGAGAUCUCGACGAACGCACCGGUGUGCGGCGCCGGCGUCUUUCGCGUCGGUAGACGGGAGAAGCCUGUUGCGAGUCGCUUCCGUCGAUCCGUCCACUUCCUCGCCUCCCUGCACCCUUUCUCCCUGACGUAUUUCCGUCAGGUAGGAAGGGCUCCGUCGCGCCUUUCCCUUUUCUUUGCUCCGAUAUUUCUCCUUCGCCGGACGAAUCGAUCCCCGACGCGUCGCGCUGGUCGCGUCGACUGUUGUUGUUUAUUACGGGAAACCGCCGGCAGAGCGAAAGCGGAAGAAAGAGGGAGGAAAUCUCGUCGAGGAAGCUGGGGAGAGCGAAAGAAGAAGCUCGCGUGCGUUCUCGUUCCGUCCUCUUUGAUCGAGCACGCACCCUUUCACAUCGGUCGACGAGGAGAUACGAGGGAGAGUAGUGGGUACCGCGUGACGACGAGGUGAGAAUAAUAUGCGCUCGCGAAUUGCGCGCGAGGGUGCGCGAGCCGGAAGGGAACCAAGCUUGCCACAGCAGUGACCUGCGAGCUCGCGAGCGGUACGUACGUUCGCGGUUAACGUACGUUCCAUGUGUCGUGAAAGAGCCCGUGCCAACGGCGACGAUCUCGCGGUCGCAGUUUUUCGGACGAACGACGGCUUCUCGUGAGUAAUCGGGUUAGUACCUGCCAGCCGGAUUUCCCUGGGUAGUAGCAGCAGCAGCAGCAGCAGCAUCAGCAGCAGCAUCAGCAGCAGCAGCAACCUUUAUCUCUUCGUCGGUCCGUCUACGUUGGGCGCGCGAAAGAACUCGAGUUCGAAGAGGACUUGGAGUUUGAAGAGGAGGAUCGUUUUACCCCCGUCUCAGUGAACAUUACUGUUUCCUUUUUUUUUUAUUGUCGAAGAUACGUGCGAGGGGAUACAUCGCGCGUUGUGAGACGCCCGCAGAUAUCGUGGAAUCACGUAGACACUGAACCGAUAUCAAAAUGGGUUGUUUCGGGAGCAAAGACAAGUUGAGCAAAGAAGACAUGGACUUCCUCAAGUCGCAUACGCGAUACGACGAGGCGACCAUAAAAGAAUGGUACAAAGGUUUCAAACAAGACUGUCCUAACGGCAGGUUAACGCCGGCGAAAUUUGUCGACAUGUACAAAAUGUUCUUCCCGUCCGGCAACGCGGAAGAAUUCUGCGACCACGUGUUCCGCACAUUCGACAUGGAUAAGAACGGCUACAUCGAUUUUAAGGAAUUCCUACUGGCGAUCGACGUAACGUCCAGCGGCACGCCGGAAGAAAAACUGAAAUGGGCGUUCCGUAUGUACGACGUUGACGGCAACGGCGUUAUCGAUAUGCAGGAAAUGACGAAGAUCGUCCAGGCGAUAUACGACAUGCUCGGCGCGUGUUCGAGCAAUAGACCGGCGGACAGCGCGGAGGAGAGAGCGAAGAACAUAUUCGCGAAGAUGGACGAGAACAACGACGGGCAGCUGACGCAGGAUGAAUUCCUAAAGGGCUGCCUCCAGGACGAGGAGCUGUCGAAGAUGCUCGCUCCUUAAUCCCGACGUCGCCGCACUUCCGGACGAGCCGUCGACGAGCGAUCGUAAAGGACACCACGACCCACUCCCCGACUCCCUCAAAGAACUCGACGGAAACGUCAAAAUGCCGGCAACAAUAUGCGGCCACCACCGAAACGGACAUUCGCAAACACACACGCAUCAUUUACACGCGACACGCAUCAACGAUAAUUUCCUAUUAACUAUGACAUACGCUAUUAUUGUGGCGGUUUCGAUAACGGCGGGGCCGUCGCUCGUGCCCUACGGGGAGGGCACGAGCCGCGAUAACGGAGGAUGAUCGAGGACGACAGAUAAACGAGGAGGAACAGCGAUUCAAAUCGAGUGGCUGUCGAUCCUCGCGGGAGAGCGAGAUCCGAAAGAGGAAAAAUCUCUCUCGCUCUCGCUCUCGCUCUCUCGAGAAAGAGAGAGAGACGUGCAACGCACGACCAGAUUUUCGCACGGUUGACUGCGGGACAGCAACGACACGGUGAUGUGCAAUCUGUUCUGGAAAAAGGAGGUCUCGCGUACACGGGAAACGACAAGUGUGUGACAACAUCAUCGUCGACGACGGCGAGGGAUCUAAUUAGCUUGUGGAAAUUCUCAUCCGUUUCCGCGAGCUCGCCGCGUCGACAACCGCACAGUGGAUUCCGCCUCGUCGGAUUCGCCGUCCGGAUUCAGGAAUGUCCUCGGAGUGCGGUGACAGAAUUAACGCGGCGAACGAACCUCGCCGCGGCGAACCUCUCGUCGGGGAAAGGUGACAAUGUCUCGAUCGUUAAGGACCCGCGGUGGCGGGUCCCUCGAAAAGCCCGCCCACGCCUCGCACCGACGAUUUGGCUUAGCCGAUCCCGGACAAACGAUUCGCCGUCUCUUUCCGGAUUACGGUUCCGUCUAAUAACGCGGACGGAAACCGGAAACCUCGUGAAUCCUCUGAUGCGCUUUAGAUGUCGUAGAGGUUUUCGCACGUAUCUCCGUACGAUUUUGCUUGUCGCGGACACCAGUUCGACAUGACAUCGGAUCAAAUCUGUCUGAUUCGAGAAUUCCCAGAAGCUUCGGGAUGAGUCCUCUCCCGUUAUCUAUGCGAACGCUCUUGCUCCGUUGUAGUAGAAUUAAAUAAAAUCACUCAAACGCGUCACACAAUUUUUUUUUUUUUUCAAUUUUUUGAAUCGCUUGAUUCGUACGAAUACUCGAUUAAGUGUAUUCGUGCACUCACAUUCUUAUGCGCGUAAAUCACAAACCGAUGUCAAAUGUAAGUAGAUUUCAAAUUUACCCGUACAGCGUAGAAUAGCGAAAACAUUGCGAAAUGUUGCUGCGAGGUUUCAGCAAUGUUGCAGCAGCGAUAAAAUGUCCGCUUCAGAAAUACGUUGCAGCAACGUUAAUACAAUAUUACGUAUGUUGCUGCAACAUUGCGUAUCAAUAUUUUUGAAAUGGACAUUUUACCGUUGCCGCAACAUUGCUGAAAUAUUGCAGCAACUUCUUUCAACGCUUUUACUAUGUUGUGCCACAUGGGCACAUAAUUUUGAAAUCAAAUUUGCAAAAUCAGAUUUGAUCUGAUACGAGGUCUCGUGAGUUUUGUUUUCAAAAACAUCGAAUUUGUUCGCGCCAAGACCGCUUUUUCUAAUUCCCUACAAGUACAAUACAUUAGAACAGCUCAAAGCCGACUGUGAUUUCAAUCUCGUGUAAGCCACUUGUUUAUCACUGUUAAUCUCCAUUCCAUUUACUCAUUCUGCAAGACCCGCUUGAUUAGAUUACCUCGCGGGAGUCACGAGGUUUACUCGUAAUCCUAAUCAUACAGAAAUUCUAAAUAAUAAGGUAGGAAAGCGCGUACGGUGCAUCAGAGGAUCACAAUCGGGAUUGAGAACCGAUCGGCUUGAAAUCGCGAUCUUCUCGUAAGUGGGACGCGAACGGAGUUUCACGCAAAGCUCGCAGAGGUUUCACGAAUUUCGCAAUUCGGGCGGGAGCGAAGAUAUUCGCAGCGUACGAGUGAGCCUCGUAGAAUUGACGAUUGCGAGAGACUCGCGUCCCCCCUUUUUUUUUCUUAGGGUCUGCGUCCAUCGAUCGACGCAGGCCGUGUGUCCCAAGAUCGGCGUGUUGCGAGGGGGCGAUCCGCCGGCCGCCGUCCGCGAUAAUGACGACGGUGUUACGCGCCCGCGCGAGGUGCUGACACAACGAAUUGCGAAUUACGAGGUAAUGUCGAUUAGAUAGGGGGGAAUAAUAUCGCUUACGGGGUGACACGACGUUAAUUUUAUACCGGCACACCGCGGGAGCUCUCCAUUGCAUCGUCGACCAGCACGCGCGUCAUCCCUCGCUGAGAAAUCGAUACGUACCUCGCAUACGAUGCUAUUACGGCGUGCAGCGGAUGCGAGAAGUAGUACCUGCAGUACGGGUCGUACGUAUGUAUUAUCAUGUUCGCCAGAGAUCGACCGGAUGUCCGUCGCGCGCGCGUCUGGAUUAGGAGAACGGUGGAGAGAGGCGAAUGGCGAUAAAAGCGGAUAUCAAUUUCCGGAUAGCCGAAAUUUCCGCGCCAGCUCCACGAGUUGCUCCACAAUUUCCCUCUGCCCUUCUUUUCUCAUUAUUUUUCUCAAGUAAAUUUUCUUCAACUAAGUUUUCGGUAUGCAGAAUAUAAACGAAUAAGUGUCAAAUAUUCCAUAUAGGGACGUAUUUCCAUCGACCAAAUAUUAAAAUAAAUUUAUGUAAACAUUGGUCUAGAACGUUUAGUUUUUGAGGUAGCAAAAAUUUUAUUAUGAAACAGUGGAAUAUCUUGAAACCUAAGCAGUUGACAAACAAAUGUUUCAGACAAAAAUUGUACGAUCUGAAGGGGUACUAAUGGUAGAUAAUGAUAAAAUAAAUUUUCGAAAAAAUUAAUUUACGUAAGGUUACAUGAAGGUUCCAUUUCUUUUUUAAUGGAAUUAUGCGACUUUUAACAUAACUCUUUUAGUUAUUCUGCAUAUAAAAAUACUAAAUUAGAGCUAUGAAAAAAUCAGUUACAAGAUAUUUUAAAUUUUAUUUUGACUGAAAAUUAUCAAUUGUUUUGUUUUCAAAAUAUUCGACUGUUUUACAGUAAAAUCUUUUCUACUUUAGAAUUAAGCGUUUUUAGACUCAUGUUUACAUGAAUGUUUCUUAAUGUUUGAUCAGUAAAAAAAUACGUUCCCUAGACUAUUUGACACUCAUUUGUUAACAUCCCGUCGCUAGUUUAUAUUAAAAAUUUGUGUAAAGGAGUUUCGACAAUGAUCGAUGCAUAAUUGGCGUAAAAUAAACAAUAUCUAAAUAUAUCAAAACACAUCGGUCAGCUUUAAACUGAUUCUAAUUUACUUUUCCUCUCGUCGGGAAACAGAAAUAAGAGAAGGCUAAAGAGUAAAUUAAGUUACAGCUUAAGUUAACCGAUGAAAUCGACCAAACAAACCGACUCCUUUAAUUGCAUUUGGCGCAUUAAUUUGCCUUCACUAAGAUUCGCAGCGGUCGGCAUUACGCGGGCUGUUAUGAGCUCUUUUUGUCACGUUGUAAUUACCACGGUGGAGAAAAAGAAGGAAUAAUUAACUCCACUUACCACCCUAAUCGAUACGAAGCGAAUCGACCUCGUAACUGCAUAACGAUCGUUUUAAUCCGUUCGACAGCGUGCUCGUCGACGUUCCGACACCUUCCAUCACGAAGGCUUCGAUGUCUUCUUUUUUCUUUCCUUUUUUUGGGUCUUUCUCGUAUCCAUGUAGCAUGCGCCGAGAUACGUGUGCCCGCGAGGAACACAAUGUGCAUCGAGGUCAACGCGCUUCGCGUGCAUGUAUUUCGAGAUUUAUGAACAAGCGUCACACGUGCAUCGGAUACGCGACAUCAUACACGACGUUCUUCGCAUGGCAGAUAAAUUGGGAAACUUGCGGCGCGUGCGAAAACGGACGAAUCGGUUGUUCGACGUCGAGAAUCCUGUGCUUUGCAUCGUGCUUGGUGAGGUAAGUCAGCACUGUGUAUUAUUUUGAGAAUGUAAAAAUUCUUUAAAUACGUUUUGAAUAUUAUUUGCGAGCGAAUAUCUCUUCGUAUCGGGAUUGAAGAACAAUGAUUUUUUUUUAGGAAAAUUGAAACUAAAAUAUUUUCUAUCUUAAUGAUCUAUUAUUCUGUCACGUCCAUACGGUACAGCACAGCGAAAACAUUGCAAAAUAUUGCUACAAUGUCUCAGCAAAAAUUGCAGCAACGCUAAAACGCUUCAGAAGUAUUGAUACGUAACGUUGCAGCAACGUUAACACAAUAUUACAUAUGUUGCUACAAUGUUGCUGCAAAAUUACGUAUUUCUGUUAUCGGACAUUUUACCAUUACUGUAAUAUUGCUGAAACAUUGCGGCAAUAUGUUGCAAUGUUUUUGCAACGCUGUGCUGUAUAGGGGAGAUGCUCCAAAAGCUUCUGCGAACGCUUCUUGCGAUAAUCUUACCAGUAAUGCACAGAAUUAACGACGUACGUUGUGCAUAUUUAGAUAUCGGGUCUAAAUUGGUUUCAUGGGAGAAAUCAUUAAGCCCGCGGUACACUUACUGUGUCUCCUUCUUGAUUUAUCUUUUCGUGCGCGCUGCUACGAGUGCCUCACUGCACGCUGAUAUCAUAUACGCUACAGAUUGCACCGUAAUUGCUUGGUUAUCCGUUUCCGAUAGUUCCGCAAUAUUUCUCGCGGUUUGCACCGUAAUUUGCGGCAACGGGGUCUUUAUGUUCACUACAAUGACUAAUCCCUUCCGUGUGCACAGAUUUCCCGAGAAAUUAGAAAGCUUUCGAUUUCUAACAUCUCUUCGCGGAUGAAGCGAUUGAAAGUUACCUGUAUGUUGAGUUACAUAUUUAGUAACGAAGAAUAAAAGUCGUAUAUACUUAAAAGCAAGAGAAAAAUAUACGUUCGAAAAUCCUUUUUUUUUCAAGAGAGAAAUUUAUCGGACCAAUAAUUUUAUCGCUUGAAAACACAUUAGACGAGUAUCGGCAAAUGUGACUUGUAAAUUGAAGUUUGCAUCUGAAACGGUAUAGACCUUCGUGUUUGAGUUAAAUCAAUCAGCAAGCAAUAUUCCCUAGGCCAUUCCAAAACACACACACACACGCUGCUACUGCAAGCUCGUAUCGGGUAAGGGAACCGGCCAACACAACACUGCAUGUGUGCCACGGGCUUUAAAGAGAAUCGAUCAUACGUUGUAAUAAGACAUUGUGCAAACCGAGUGUAACGAGAGUCGACGAGUCAACUUGAAGACGCGAAGGCCGACGAUAAUUUUUCGCGCAGCACGGCUAACUGCGAAUUAUACUUUUUCCGCCGCGAUAAAUUCCCACGUGCAAAACGACUCAAUCGCUCCUGGAACACAUUGUGAUCCGCGCGGAUUCCUGGCGACUAGAAAAUAAAUGCGUUUGCACUUAUAUGCGCAGGCUUUUCGCGAACGAGUCUUCUAAUCGGUCGACCGAUCGUAUGCUAACGCAACGGGUGAAUGUAAUUGGGCGAUGACUCGGAUGAAGAUUAGUUUUUCGGAUUCUUCUACGUGAAGAAGCUGUAACUAUAUUAGCCAUUAAUGAGUAGUAAGAAUUAUAGUCUCGAGAUGACACAGGAAUGUGAAGGAUUUAGCGGCCGAGGGUAGGAAAAAGAAGUAUUCUCAAAUCAAAAACGUGUGUGCGACUCGGUUCUCUGUGGAUUGUAAAUUAUUACGGUUGGAAUGACCGCAAUUAUUGGCGAAUUAAUUCCUUUGGAUGCUAAGUUAUUUUUCUAAUAAUUUUGUGAUAACGUGAGUGAAAGCUCGUAAUUUAAUAUACAUACUGCGUUCGAACGUAUCAGAGUUAAUAUUACAGCUAAUUAUUCUCAAACGUAAUAAUUUAUGACUCGCACGUGAAGCUGAUUCGGAUUUGUUCGUGAGGUAGAUAUUCAUUGAUCCGAUUAGCAUCCGAGAUACAAUGUUCUCUGUGCAGUUGUUAGGACACUCUGUAUAUUUGUAUAUUUAUCUCGUAAGAUGAAUCAAAUUGAUGAAUAAUCACUGUGGAAAUAAUAUCGAAUUAAUUCAUAGUGAACACCGAUAAUAUAUUGAAUGUUGGAUAUAAAAUAAAAUAAGGUACUCGCGGUGCGAGUAAAGCAGAGUUAUAAAAUGCAAUUGUACAAACAAUUGUUUCCCGCCGGUGAGAAAUAUUAUUAAAAUCAGUUAAUGCGUGCGAAUGGGGAAGAGAGAGAAAGGGAGAACGGAUGAAGGAGCUUUUAAUUAAAAUUCCAAUUUAUUCUUCAGUGUGUCAUUCGCCUGCAGUUAUAUUAAAACCAAAAGAAAAAAAAAAAGAAACGUAUAAUCUCGAUCAACAAGGUGGGCGAGUGUUGUUAAAAAUUUUACAUCGCGACGCGUAGAUUAUGAAGUGCUUGUGAUAUCGAUUCGGAUUGGAUUCGUUAAUUGAGAUGGGUUCUACUAAUGCUUGAAUAAACGUAAUAUUCGGGAAUCCUAUGUAUUUUACGGGUUUCACAGAGGCGCAGGAACUUUAGUAAUCUACGUAGAAUUAUGAUGAAUGUCUCGAAGAUGAUAGCGUUACAGAUUGUACGUCUUACAGAGAUCUCUUAUGAUUAAACGAUCGAUAGAUUUAAUAGAACGAAAUCUCUCUGACAAGUUUGCAUGUAGGAAUAUUACGAUCACACGAUGAGAAUCUUGUUUUACAAAUUCGUAAACUAUUCUGAAUUACGAAAAGGCAUCUAAACUCUGAUCCGUAUUUUUCUAAUACCAAUUAAGACACGUUGUUUUGUGCUCUCGAGAUACGGAUAUUUUCUAUAAAUUAGUCUUUCCUAUCCGUAAAAUUAAAUUAGAUUAAUUAUUAAAGGUGUUUGUUCUAAAUCCCGAGUGGAAAGGGUCAAGUAUUUUGGGGACUUAUCAAGAGCCGCAAUGGUUUAGAGAUUCUUAAAGUGUUAUAUAACGCGUGCCAUUGCAAUAUACUGUUUGUUGUGUAGUUAUUCGGUGGAUAGUUUAUUAAUGCGAGAUUAUAAUAGCGAGAGGGAAAUUUGAGAUAAUAAAAGUACAGUCGAUCACCGGCGUUAUAAGAAUAUAUCGUCCCACUUGGGAGCGUCUCGGCAAAAGUUAUCCGUUGGUACUGCGAAUAACGGACGGGCAUCGACAUUAAUAGGCGACCAAACCUGAUGAAUUCGCCAGUCGCGAAUGGUGGUAAUAAAAUUAAUUUAAUGGUACCAAAAUUAAGCUACUAUUAAGAUUAAUGGAACCAAUCAAUUAGGGCGCGUUACCUAUAUUAAAUGGAUGGUAUCAAUUUUCAUCAAUGGUACUAAAGUAGCACCGAUAUUAAUUCACAGUACCGAAACGGAUUGAUACCGGAACCUAUCGGCUUUACAAUCUACUUUAACCUGCGUGAAACGGUGCGCUGAAGGAGGGGCCCCGCCUCCUUUUCGUAUUAACUAACGACGAACAACGAUAAGCGGACCACACAGUGUGUUACUGGCACGUCGUUCCAACGUAAGAAAAAAAAAAGAAAGAAAAAAAUCCCGUCGCGAGGCGAAGACUGUUUCGCGAGAGCACGCGAAAACCGCAGUUUCCUUUCUUCACUUUCCUGCGGCGGGGGUACGUGUAGACGAGGGGGUCGAUUGCGUAUCACGAAACUUAGAGUGAAAAUGACAAAAGUGAGCAAAUUCACUAGGUGUUGACCAAUGAAAUGAUAAAUACUCUAGUAAAUUUGUUCACUUUUGUCAUUUUCACUCUUGUUACAUGAUACACAAUCGACCCCCAGGUCUCGUGUGAGAGGGAUGAAAUUCACAUUUCCGCACGUCGCGUCUGAAACUGAUAAUCGUUAGGGAAGACACAUCUAUCUCGCUCGUGCACUCACUCUUCUAACGGGGUGAUAGAGACUAGCGUUUACUAGCGUUAGCAUUCGACCAAUUGUGUAUUUUUAUUAGAACGAUGCGCUUCUCGGGUACGCGCGCGGUCGGGUUCUCUCGUAUUACCUUUUUCUCCUCCGCGCUUCUCGUCGCGGUUCUCUCUCUCUCCUCGAAAUAUAUCGUCGGAAAAACAAUCGGGUCUGCCAACUCGAUCGAUUUCGUGCGCGGUUACCCUUCCCGAACAAGUCGUGUAGAUAUGCUCGUACAAAAUUAGAGACCGUAUACCGUUUUAGGAAACGCGAGGGACGAAGUGUCGCGCAAACUUCGCGAAAGUCUCGUCGCGAGUGACUUCGUCAGAUAACUUGCGGACGGCAGACGACUCCUCUGGUCGGCUUUUAACGUGACAAACGGACGUUCUUUCGCCCGUUACUUUCAUGCGGCACUAAUGCGCGAAAUUGCAUCGAGGUCGUGGCGACUGGAAAGAGAAAUUGAUCGACUCGCGGAGCAAAAUCGGAGAACCGCCUCCGCGCCGUUGAAAUAAGUAAAAGUCACGCGCUCAUAUAUACUUAUACUAGGCUAGGUACAUAUCAUCGGCUCCUUCCAUGACGCGUGAGAGGCAGAAGGUCCUCUCGCUUCGCGAUUUUACUCUCUAUGUGCUUCAAUCGCAACUACCACGAUUAAGUCAAUUUUAAACGAAGAUGAAGAAGAAGAGAUGAGCUCUAUCCGUUAAUACGAUAUUUCGAAAUAUAUAUGAACGUACAUAAUUAUAUAUAAUAUAUAUAACGUGUUAUAAAUAAUAUUAAUAUAUUAUAUAUUCUAUGUGUGUAGCGGAUCUGUACCAGUAAAAGCGGUCUUGCCCGCUGGCGAUGACGGAAUCGAUCGCGCAUUUUUGGGAGGGUGAACGCAAUAAAUAAUUACUCCUCGACGCGACAUUUGUUUUACAACGGUGUCCCAAAAUUGCAGAGUAUCUCCAGGACGAAUCAAAGAUGUUGCAUUCUAAGUAAUAAUGAAACUGUGUUCAAUAAAAUAUUACAAGGUUUAGUAAGAAUUUUAAAUUGAGGGAUCAUUAAUCCUCCGCAGAUCACAGACCUAUUUUUCACUGCUUAAUCAGACUAUCCGGGUCACUGGUUAAACUAAAUGGUUAAUUUUUCGAAAUGUUUCUGAAGAAUCUGAAAAAUUGUGGGACACUUCAAUAUUUAGAAAAAUACAAUUGUACAAUUAUAUUAGGUUAUUUAUGAAAUAAGGUAGGACUUUUUAUUUUCGGUAUUUCUGGUACAACGGAAGAUAGUAUCGUGCUACUUUGAAGUGUUAUUCUCCGAAGUGGUCUCCGUUGUUAUCGAUGACACGGUUCCAAACUCUUGGUAAUUCACCAACAUCAUUAAAAGUUCCAUUUUUAUUCGGAGAAAAAUGAAAAGACACCAGCUUAUUUUAUAAAUGAUCUAAUAUAAUCCUAAAAGUUUUUUUUUAUUUUUUUGACGUGUGUGGAUUUGAGGUAGAAUCGGUAAAAAUGGGGGAAAAAAUGAUGGGUCAAUACGACCCAGGUCUGCGGAGGGUUAAAGUAUUGACAUUUUUGAAGGAAGAUUACCGUUAUAUCGCAUCGUCGAAAAAAUUCUUGAAAUGAAGGAUGGAUGGUAGAAACCGACAACUCGAAAAUGCGUUUUAUUGUACGAAAUCAUCGCUGAUGUGCAAGACUCGAGAUAGACGCAUUCGCACUGUCGUUGAUUUACAUGAAGGGUACACUCUCGCGUACCUAAUCGCUAAUCGCUAAACCGAUACUCGGUUCGUAAAAUCCACGCACGAUUUCCGGGUAGACUGGGAGGGGGGGAUAAUGCGAGGAACCGGAAAUCGCAGCUCUCUCCUCUCGAAUAGAAAGUGCAGCAUUGACAAUCGACAUAAUAAGAGUUCCCUUUUACGAAAGAGUCGACGUACGUAUAGACGGGAGAAUUUUAUAAAGCUUAAGAACGGACCUAAAGUGCAUUACAUUUAUUAGAGGAGCCGUCGUUUGCGUCUCGAUUGUCGCCCCCUUCGACAAGUGUGCGCGCGCGCGUAUAUGUGUGUAUGCCAGAGAGAGAGCUUUUCUCGCAAAGCCACCGCUCCGUAGCACGUGUACACGCAAUAGGAAUGUAAUACGCACAUAAAUAAUGCACGCACGCGAGCGAUCGUGCGCGAGUAUACGCGUCCAGAACUCAAUUUCCGUCGCACCACAUUAAUGGCGUUUCCGCUAGCGGGCUGUUCACGCGCAAAUUGCUAGCUAAAAUCGAGCACCGCGAUUUUAAAUACCGACCUCUCUCUCUCUCCUCCGUCUCCCCUUAUCGAGAUCUCCAUUUCCGUGAUUUCCCGUAGAUCGUUACGCGCGCGACACAGACCUUCCGUGAGGACGCAUUAUCGCGGGAUCGAUCGUGAUAACCGUGACGCCGGAACGUUCUCCGAUAGACGGCAAUUGACGAUUACCAUCUUGCAAAUUCAUUUUAUUGCAUCCGUUGAAUGAAAUCGCCCGCUUUUCACUAUCUCCGAAUCCGUCACGGUUGUCCCUAUCUUCCCGGUCCCGAUUCUUCCGCGGGUCGCCGCCAAGUGACGAAGAUAAAGUCAAUUCCAGGUCAAUGAGGGCGUGAUAAUUAUUGUAACGAGGAAUGCAGCGGACGACAAUUGCUAAUCGAUGAUUCGAGCCGUUGUUUUUACAGUCUGUGCUCUGAAAUAAGAGUUUAAUAAUAAUAAUCGACCUUUGGUGAAAUAAUUUCAGUGAAAUAUUUCAUUAAUAUAACCAAAUCUAGUAAUAUUUAUUGUAAUAAUUAUAGCAGCCAAACAUAGUAGUCAAUUGGUUGUUAAACGGUUAUCAAACACCUACUAACUAUCGUUAAUAUUUGAUUAUAUUAACUGAGCAUUUAAUUAUCAUCUAAACUUAAUUAUUAUUAUCAAACUUUUUUUGUGUGCGAUUUUGUAUUUUUCUACACUGAAAGGAAAAGAAGUUUGAUAACAAUUACCAAAUGUUGAAUGAAAUAAUUCCAAUUAAAUAUUUGGUUAAUACAAUAAAAAAUAAUUCUACUGUUUUGAAUAUUCAGCAAGUAUCAAAUUUAGUAAUAUUCGCAAAAUAUUUUGAAAAAUACAUUUUUUUUAGUUAUCCCAACACCAAAUGUUUAAUUGGCUGUUAUUUCACUCAACAUUCGGUAGCUAUUACAAAGUUCUUUUUUCAGUACAUUUUCUUUUUGGCUUGCCAUCUACCAUCAACGUCGCACGUUCGUUCUCUAUUCCGUCUGUUCAAUGCCUCUCGCAAAACGCGUCUAAACUAGUAACUUAAGUAACAAAUUUAAUUAAAGCAUCACCCUAUUGUUUCGUUACACGACUAAACUCUUACGCAUAACCGGAACACCCUUCGGGUAACAUUUACCGGGAAACGCGAUCGUAAACUCCGCUUGCAAUUUCGCCAAUCCGUCGGUCGGCAGAAAUGUCCCACGCCGUUUGACGUUUGAUGGACGUUCCGCCGACGGCGAAGAUGGAAGUCGGUGAUGAUCACUCGUCGAACAUCUCGAGUCCCCAACAGCCUGGCUAACUAACGUGCUAAUUAUCCAAACUACCAAAACGAAGAGUUAUUGCUUAUCGUGUGAUUUCAUUGACAUCCCGAUUCUAAUGAGCAUCAAGAACGUCACGUAUUCUUCUUCAAUACCGCACGUUAAUUACGAUUAAUCAGAAAAACUUGGCAUUUGAUUUUGCGUUUUUACGAACGAGGAGUGUUUUUCCUCCGUAUUAUAUAUUUUAUAAUAUAAUACUUCUCCCAUUUCUCUAUCCCGGGGCUCCGAAUUUUCUAGAAGAGAAGAUUCAAUCUCGUCUCGCUGAAUGACAUGAUUAGAGAAUUUCGAUUGGUACGGGGAGGGGUGUCCCGGUCCCCGCGACAGCUAAGUGCGAUUUCGCAUUGGCCGAUAAAUUUAAUCUCCUGGGAAACAUCGGCGCCGACUAGUCGAUACGUCGAUGCCGAUCUGAUCUGUCGAAGGAUCAAUCUCGACCGUAAACGGUACGAAUCCUUCCUCAUCAUGGUAGCUGCGUAUCUCGAUUCGUUCGCCUGUAAUAUCGAUGAGUUGGCGCCACGCUGCAAUUUCCGCAAUCCAACCUUACUCGGCAGAAAGGUACCUCGCUCUUACCUUCCACCCUGAUUAAGUACAUCGCUGUAUCAUUUAUUCAGAUAACAGCCUGGCAACGCCUUAAAUCAGUGGUUUCCAGUUUUCUUGUUACGUAUAUUUCUUGCUCACCAACGUUUAUCUCACGUACGUUUCAGAAAUGUUAUCACAUUUAUUUCCAGGAUAAAUACUUAAUUUGUGCGAUAACUAUACUUUACUGUAUUUAGGGAAUUUUUCCUUUUUUUUUUAUUAUACGUGAAGGUAAAACCAUUUUCACGAAUUUUUUUGAUAAAAACUAUGCGACGAAUUGAUUUCAAAUUUAUUCUAUGCAUUUUCAACAAUGUGUAAAAAAAUAAACAUACCUAAAAUUUUAAAUGCAUAUUUUUUCGAAACUGUAUUUUCAAAUUCUUCAUGCACGAUAUCUCAAAAAAUAUUGGAUCGAUUAACUUCUACUUAUUUGUUUUUUGUACAUAUCUAUCCACCAAUAAUAAAUGAAUCUUUAAAAGUUCUGAAUUGUUAAAAACAAAUUUUUUAAUGAUAAAAUCUGAUUUUUUACAAAAAUACGUAAUAUUUACUUUAAACCGAUGCCAUUUUGUCAAUUUACAAUUUUUCUGUAAAAUCCAAGGUUUGUUUUCUAUCCACGCUUUUAAUAAAUAAAAUGCAAUUUGCAUUUUUUGUUACAGAUCGCGAUUCCUGAGUCGCACUGUUGUGUACCGAAUUUUUUUAGAAGCUAUUUUUUUCGUUAUUUUAUAUCUUUUAAACAAAUUAAAUUUUUUAAAUAAUUUUUAUUUUACUAUAAUUGAGGAUACAUGGAAUAAAUGUACAAAGUUUGAAAUUAUCGCGUCGUACAGUUUUUACAAAAAAGACUCGUAGGGGUGGUCAUGUAAAAAAAGGGGAAAGGCUUAAGAAUACAUAGUAAAGUUUUGACAUUUAAUUUCAAAAGCAGAAAUAAAAAGCAACUUUAUUGCCGAAUUGUUUCGAUCCUAAUAGCAAAAAAUAAAGACUUUAACAUUAGAGUUAUCAAAAUAGUUAAAGUGACUGAUUUGUAAUUUUUUUUUCUAUGAAAUUUCCGUUCCAAUGUAAAUAACUAAAUUGAUUGAUUUAUUUCUUCCUUUAUUUUUUUCUAUAAACAUGGGUAUAUUAAUCGUCGGUAGUUCUCACGUUAAUUUUGUGUAUGUAAUAUAAUAAUUAUACAGUAUCUAGUCAAUUUUUGCCGCAAUGUAUAAAUAGCUUCAAUCUAGUUUCCUGACAAAUGAUUUUAAAUUCUAUCGAAACUGGGUUCUAUUUACCUGGGUUUGGAAUUAAUUGCUGUCCGGUGGGACAUUGCCUUACCAAUUAACUUCCCAAUAGCCGAAAUCUGUAGUAGUACAUUUAUAUGUACCAGAUUUUGCAGAUCGAUGUUAGAAAUUAGUUCUGCCUUUGAGGAGAAAUCCUUUGUGCGAUAUACCUUUCUCUCGAGUGCUUUCGAAUUACGUGAAUGACAGACGCGGUCUCGCGCGUAUUAUAAGAACAAUCCUUCCUCGAGAUAUAAAAAACUUAUUAAAAAGACGCUUAUACUCGAGUGAUAUAUGAUGAGUCUUAUACAUUGCAAACUUCAUUUUCCGCGUUUUAGUCUACAAAGUACGAAUCAGUUGUAGUAUGCCUUUAAUUUCUAUCACGGUGUCCAAUUUCGAUCGAAUAAAAAAUCGAACAGCGUCAAAAUCGUGUAUGCGCAUUCACAGCGAAUACAGGAUACGACUGCGUGCAGCUCGCAUACGCGGCCGCGAUGAUAGAAGUUGAUCCUUUCCUGAAAGAGUCGGGUCGGAAGAAGAUUAAUCUAGGGUACGCUCGCGUUUAUGGCGUAAUUACGGAUAACGUAGCGUAAUUACUAUGUUAUUCCGACGUCGCUCUUACUGCAUUGAAUAUUCAUUUGCUCUAGAGUUAGGACUGAACGGUAAUCCUGAGAGAGGCGCGUCUCGUGACGUCCGGAGCUUAUCCGUGAAGGAGAUAUCCGCGCGUUCCGGUAUCACGCCUCUUGCCUCGGAGCUUUGCACGCUCGCGCAGAAUUAACCUUCGGAAGGGCUAAGUCAAUAGUUCAUGCAACAUUAUCGUCGCUGUCUUGUUAACGGAAAGUAUUUUGUACAUGUAUAUACAUUAUAUAUACAUAUAUAAUGUGUCUAGUUCAACUGGUAUCGCCUUCAUCGCCAAAUGUAAUCAAAUCGUGUCUACUGAGAACGAUAAUGCCGAUAAACGUGAUCGUUCUUAAUUAGAAGACUCUAUUAUAAGACGAUAUAUACGUAGGAACACGUAACGUGGCUCGCAUUUUGUCGCAUUUUUUUUUAUUCCGGCGUGACUUAAAGCACGAACUGCUUAUAAGCAAUUUAAUUCGCGGAGAAUAAACUCUCGCUCUGCGAAAACUGUCCAUUCGUUUUUCUCUAUCUUCAAGUCCGAUCGAGUAGACAGUACUGAUAAUUCUAAAAUACAGAAAUGUAUUUUUUUUUUGUGCACUUCCCAAGGGAGAGAGUUUCCCAUUUAUUUUAUCACCAAUUUUCUUCGCAUUUGUUUCUAUAAUAUUAUUAUCUAAAUUAUUUUCACAAUGAUAAUCGCGAAUUGUUAAUUAUUUCGCGGAAUAAUUACGUCUGCUUAAUCGGCGCGCAUUAAUUAAUUACACGUUUUGCGUAUACGUAUACACACACACACACACACACACACACACGCAGUUUAAUCAUCUAUAAAUGUUAUCCGAAGCGGCAAUCUUACUAUUAUAUACCGCUACGUGCUAAACGGAUAAGUAGACCAGCAAUGAUGAAAGUAACGCGCUUGAGCUAACUCGACGGUCUGCAAUUUAUACAAAGCAGUCCCGGAUCAAUUUAGAAGACGACACAAGAUGCGUAAUACAGCUGUGACUAAUCCUCAGAUCGCAUCACGGUAGUUUGCAUUAUCGUAUUUCGCAUUUCGAAUAUUCUCGCUUUGCUGAGAGCGUGUUCUAAGCAGGGAGGAAAGCUCUAGGGUAGAGAAUAUUGCAAGUAAAUAACUAACUUUGUGUUUCUGACUGCUGCUGUUAAGAAUAUAAGUAGAAUACAGUUACAUAUCUUCAACACGACUUUGUAGACAUGUUCGUGUUCUUAAAUUAUUAUUAUUAAUAAUAAUAUCCUUCUCAUACAUUUUUCUCACGCAUUCAUUCUUUGAUGAACUUGAAGCUUUUUUUUAGUGAAAAUAAGUUAUACACAAAAGAAAACAUUAGUGAAGAAAUUAAGGAACUCAAGUGUGUGAAUUACAAAAUUAUGUUUUUUCAAUUUAUUUUAGGUAAAGCUCCGUAAACUUCUGAUUUGAAGUUUAAUUAUAAAAAUAAUGUAAUGUGCUAAAGAUUGAAAAGUUACGAUAAAAAAAAACAAUGACGUUUUUAAAAUAAUAUUGACUCGAAAUUAAUCAGAACAUCUGUCAUUUAGAAGUAAUGUAAGAAAUAAAUAUAUCUAUAUAAACUCUGUACAUUUGUAUGCAACGUUCUGAGAUUAAACCGCUUAAGCGAAAUCUUUUAUUUUUAUCACGAACGAUGUAAAAUCAUUAUUACGAUACAGACCAGAUUAUUUGUCGAUGACGAUUCUAUUUUCUCGCACUGCAAAGUGCUCAAUAUAACUACUUUUUACACGAAUAGAGAAAUCUCUACUUACUCUAUAUCAAUUCCAUCCAUACGAUCACGCGUUCUUUUUUCUCUCUCGGAUAAUCGCCGUUUCUAGAGCGCGAUCUUGUACGAGGGGAGAAACCGGAGGUAAUAUCCGCUGAUCUCGCUUGCCAAUGAGCCUCAAUCUUUUCUCUUUUAGACAGACUCAACCUUAACGUGGUCAUAACGAGGAACACGAGGACUGAGACGCGAAUCCGCGAUCGAUGCUCUACGAGAUAUAUAUCUCUGAUGAAGGAGCUACUCGUGGGGAAUGUACUGCCGUUAAUUACAGUCCUCGAUGCGUAAUCGCUUUAAGCAAUUGUGCACCACAUGACUCUCCCGGAACGGAUCUUCCGCGAGCAUCUUUCCAUUACUUUAGCUCGUAGAUUACUUAGGACCAGAUCGCUCGACGUAACGUGAAUGAAGUAUUGUAUAUUCGUACGAGUCUUAAAUUAUCUAAGGAGUAGGUAAUCGAAGCGGUGUAGAAUUUUUGGCGUUGAACUUUUUUUCUUCAAUUCACGAUUUUGAAAGCAAUUUCAGGAAGUGACAAUCCUGAACAACAAUCCCCGUGUUCCAAAAAAGACGUCAAAUAAAACGUAUUAUCGCCGAUUGAUAGUCAGAGACACCUCGAGCUUGUCCUCGUACGAGAAUUAGGAAAUAUACAUGGAAUCUCUCAUAGGCACGUCCUAGAGCUAGAUCAGAUUAUGAUGCUUCAUACUUAUGAUCUUGUUCAAAUUACUCUUGCUUCGCGCAAGAAAAGGAAUCUCAUCUGAACGCACUAAAAAUUUCUUCUUUGCACGUUACGCAAAAAAAAGUUGCGAGAUGAUGUGACGAGUAACUUUGCACCGGCGUAAAAAAAAAAGAAACAAAUUUUAUAAAUAUGUAGUGUCUGAAGAAGCAAUUAACAAUUAACGGAUCUUAUAAAUAAUUACGUCGUUAAACGGUCUUAAAUAUUAAAUGAUAUUAAAACUUUCAUUGUGGCACAAACUUCUCCUGGACGAUGCAGUCUCUUAUCUCAUUCUACGAUACUCGAUAGAAUAAACAAUUACCCCAAUCGUCAAUAAAUACAGUCGUCUAAGACACAUUGGCUGUCUAAUAAGCUUUAGAUUCAAUCUCGAGAGAUUCUUACCGUCAGAUUAUUCCAAGAGAGAUUUUCUAGAACGUAAAAUACAAAUGAAUUUUAUGCUUAACUUUAACGGACUCCUGAUAGAGAGUAAUGACAAACUUUUAUCCGCCUGUCCGCGAAUAAAAAUCUUAGCGGUAUAUUGUUCUAAUCUUAAGAAAAAAAAAAAAACAAACUUGUAAAAAGUAAACCAUCAUAGUUUUUAUUACUAUCUAACAAGAAGAAUUCAGAAGAAGUUAAAUGAAGCGUCUCUUAGACACAUCCCUGAGGUAUCUCCUAGACGCUUAUAUCGCCUAGAUUUUCGGGGAGAAAAUUGCGACACAUUUCGACAUAGAUCGACAUAGAAAUUAAAAAAAAAAA